CCCCGCCCCAGGCCCGCCCCGCCUGGCCUGAGGGGAGGAACUGGCCGGGCCUUAACGCGCGGCCCGGCCGCCUCUGGAGUCGCCGCCACUGGCUGCAGUACGCCGUAGCCGAGGCCGCUCCUCUCCCCUCAGGCCGACGCCAUGAAGAUCAAGGAUGCCAAGAAACCCUCUUUCCCAUGGUUUGGCAUGGAUAUUGGGGGAACUCUAGUAAAGCUCUCAUAUUUUGAACCUAUUGACAUCACAGCAGAGGAAGAACAAGAAGAAGUUGAGAGCUUAAAAAGUAUCCGAAAGUAUUUGACUUCUAAUGUAGCGUAUGGAUCCACUGGCAUUCGAGAUGUACACCUGGAACUAAAGGAUUUAACACUUUUUGGCCGAAGAGGGAACUUGCACUUUAUCAGAUUUCCAACCCAGGACCUGCCUACUUUUAUCCAAAUGGGAAGAGAUAAAAACUUCUCAACCAUACACACGGUGCUAUGUGCUACAGGAGGUGGUGCUUACAAGUUUGAAAAAGAUUUUCGCACAAUUGGAAACCUCCACCUGCACAAACUGGAUGAACUUGACUGCCUUGUAAAGGGCUUGCUGUAUAUAGAUUCUGUCAGUUUCAAUGGACAAGCAGAGUGCUAUUAUUUUGCUAAUGCCUCAGAACCUGAGAGAUGCCAAAAGAUGCCUUUUAACCUGGAUGAUCCCUAUCCACUACUGGUAGUGAACAUUGGUUCAGGAGUCAGUAUUUUAGCAGUCCAUUCCAAAGACAACUAUAAACGAGUGACUGGAACAAGCCUUGGAGGAGGUACCUUUCUAGGUUUAUGUAGCUUAUUGACUGGCUGUGAAAGUUUUGAAGAGGCUCUUGAAAUGGCGUCCAAAGGUGACAGCACCCAAGCAGACAAGCUGGUCCGUGAUAUUUAUGGAGGAGAUUAUGAAAGAUUUGGUCUGCCAGGUUGGGCUGUGGCAUCUAGUUUUGGGAAUAUGAUUUAUAAGGACAAGCGAGAGUCUGUUAGUAAAGAAGAUCUGGCAAGAGCUACUUUAGUUACUAUCACCAAUAACAUUGGUUCUGUGGCACGGAUGUGUGCAGUUAAUGAGAAAAUAAACAGAGUUGUCUUUGUUGGAAACUUUUUACGUGUCAAUACACUCUCAAUGAAACUUUUGGCAUAUGCACUGGAUUAUUGGUCAAAAGGUCAACUGAAAGCACUGUUUCUAGAGCAUGAGGGAUACUUUGGAGCAGUUGGCGCACUUCUUGGACUACCAAAUUUCAGCUAAAGCAUCAGAUUUCUCUCUGCUAAUAAAUGUCAUCCAAAAGGAGCUGAAAACCAGAGGCAUUUAUUUGUCACUGAGAACCAAAGGAUAAAGAGUAGCAUUAUUCCUGUUGCUUUUUAAAUGUCAAAGUGAUAAGCUGCCGAAUGUUGCCAUAGUAUAAUAAAAGAGAGUUCGAAAACGUGAAGUAUUUCUAACUGAAGUGUUGUUUUCACUUCUGUAUAUAGCCAGCGUUAAAUCCUUAAAUGCAAUACAGCCUCUGAUUAUUGAGCUUCCUUUCAAAAAGAUUUUCUAUUGUAUGUAGCCAGCAUUGCAGUACUGUAUGCUCAAACACAGAAUCUUCAAAUCUCAGAAAUGUUUUGCUUAUGAAGAUAAUUGAUUCUGAAUAUUUGUUAUAUACGUCUGUUUUAUGUGCAUUUUGGUUAUUAGUGAGCAGCCCGUAAUAUACCCAGUAUCAAAAAUUAUUGAAAAUCAAUCAAAAAUGAUCAUUUUUAUAUGAUUUUUAGAAAUGUGAAGGCAAUGUUAAUUAUUCAUUAUUACGGUUUUUCUAGUAUCUCUCCUCCCGGAAAGCACGUUUACGUGAUCUUUUCCCAGAAGUAUAUAACCUUUCGCACAUGCUGUGAUUUAAUUGAAAUGUUAAAUUUUAGUCUGAAUUUUAAAAUGAAUUCUAGAAAAUGCAAAUAUUUGGUGAUACUGUACUUUCUGUAUUCUGUUAGUUAAAACUAAUCAAUUUAUUUAAAAAUGUUUAAUAUUAAGAAUUUGGAGACUUCAUUACUUGCUUGAUAGUCUGUUUAAUAGGUCCUGGGACUAUUGUAAUACGGCUUGAGUGUAUCAGAGUUAAGUGCUCUUUCUAUACCAAAUUUACCUCAGGCCCAAACUUAGUCAUUCCUUUUUGAACUAUCAAAGCUAAAGACUAUUCUAUUAUGAACUCCAGCAACAGAAACAUAUUUGUUCUAAAAGAAUGGUAUGGAAAUUUGAAUGAUGAGUUGUUAUGAAACUUUGUGGGAGUCAGAGGCAGUAUUGCAGAAAUAAGAAAGGAUCAGUGUUUCGUACAUUCUGGUAAUAAAAGCAUUACCGUUCCAAAAUUUGUAAGUCCACUUGCCUUGGAAAAUAUGCUCUAUUUUGAAGUCAUUUUUUUUAUAAUGUUAUAAAAUUUUUCACAUUUUUACUUUGACAGUUAAUAUUUUAGAGGUCCCAUAGCUCAGUGAGGUUAUUUGGGUCUGUUUCUCAUGGUUUAGGAAGUAAUAAGACUUGGACAAGAAUUUACCUCCAUGAAUUACCAGUAAAUCUGGAUGUACUUUGAAGAGUUUAAAAAUUGUUUACAUGAAGAAAGAAGUAUGUCAUGUUUUUACAGGCCAUAAUUUUGCUCAAGUAUGCUCAAUUGAGAGCAAUUUUCAGUAGACUGAGGUGCUUGAUAGAGAUAUUCUCCAUGUACUUUUCAAAAAUUGUGCUCAAAUACUUAAAAUUUAGUUUUGUUUAUCUAAAGACAUGAACAUAAAGAUAAUAGGAGUGAAUGUUUAGAGGAGAAAUUAUGUAAAGGUAAUUUUUUAGAGUUUAGAAUAUUUGGAACUUUGAAUUCUUGUUAGUCAGUAGCCAAUUUAAAAUCUACAGUGACUUCACACUUCUUGGUUUAAUGUCUCCAUUGUAGCAAUUAGAUAUUUCAGACAAAAUGCCAUUGAUUUAAAUAAAGCUUAUAUAUCAUUUUCCAUUGAUACUGAUUAAGCAGUAAAAUAAAAUUGCCCAAGAUACAUCCUGAUAGUUCCCAAGAAUCUCAAAUUUAUAUUUUCUUCACUGAAGGAAAUGUGAUGAUUCCAGUGACUUAGAUUUACCCCCUCCCCCCGUAUCUAAUUGGACUUUAGGGGCUUAAAAAGAGAUUUUUUAAUUCUUCUGUUGAGGUCUGUAUAAACAAGAUAAUCUUUUUUUCUUUAUAAAAUUAAUGGCUUGUAUUUCUAUACCCAGACAGUUUUAGACUAUUCUCCAAAGGCCAGAGUAUUAAUAGACUUUCUUGCCCGUCAAUAUGAGCGUUCCUUACUCAGCUACUCUAAUUUCAAUAGGUGGAAAAUAGGUUUAAACUUCUAAUUAGGAAAAGUCAAUGCCACUGCCAAUAAUAUACUUAAUAAUUGAAAGUUCUCCGAGACGUUCAAAUUAUUUGCCAAAAAGUCCGUAGACUUCUGGAGUGCAAAUGUGAUGGCUGUUUUGUGAGUACCAGUUCCUGAAACACUUAGUCCAUUCCUGUAAGCAGAAUGAUGUAACUGAAAGUGAAGAGGCCUCCUGUUUGUUCAGUGGUGCUCUUGCCAUUAAAGAGUAGUCUGUCGCAUCUUGCCUUGAUUUCUAAGGUUGCGUUCUUGGGUAGAAGACUUAGCCAGGCAAUAGUUCGAAAUAUCCUUUAUAACAAUGUUGUUAUAUGCAAAAAAUUUUUGUAUCUUUUUGUUCUGUUGAGCACUUUAUGCUUUUUACUCUAUUGAAUUUGAGAAUGUAGUUUAAAAAUCCUUUCUCCUUUAAAAGCUAUGUAAGAACUGAUGAAGGAUAAUGACCAGGAAAAUGAGUAUAUAGUAUUUUGAUUUGACUUACUGUUUUGUGGUAUCUGUAAACAAAAUAACUGGAAAUACAUUGCCUUUUUGUAAUGAUGACCUUAUUUAAGAUGUUUUGCUGUGAAUGUCAGUAAUGUCCUAUUUCCCAAUAAGUACACAUAUUAAAGUGUUUAUUUUAGUGUAUUUUAUUUUAUCACAAAAGGAAUUCAGUUUUUUUCCUCUAGCUUUGUCAUUCAAAGCCCUAUCAUCAGAUUAACCCAGAAAAUAAUGUGCUUUUCUGUAUUGCUACCUGUUUUCAAUAUUUGGGACAAUAACUCUUAUUUUCUACUGAGCCAAGUAAUAAUCAGUACAGACCCAAGAGGACUGAAUAGUUUUUUCCUUCUUCCUUUGAAGUAUAUAAAUAAGCCAUUAGAAAUAAUGGUGGCAUGAAAAGUGAAUCAUUGUAACUUUCCUGCCACAUCUAAAUUGAGUCGUUUUCACUUCCCGAAAGUUAAAGUGGUUUCUUAAAAAUUAGCAGUCUAUAUUGUUUAUGAUCUUUAUCUUGGGUUAUACAGUAGACGUGAGGUCAUGAUUUGUAUUUGUAUUAGGAAUUGCUGCUGUCACUUCUGAUUUCUCUAAAUAUUAUUUCAUUUGUAAAAUGAGGGAAUUAAACUGAAACUUGAGGUCUCUUCUAGCUGUAAAAUGUUUGUUUGAAUGGGAAAUGACUCAAGUAUCGCCCUGAGAAAAGAGUUUCAUUCAUGGCAGUAUUCUGGAUAACUGAAACGGUUCGUUCAGCUACUUGCGGUCAUAGUUUACAGUUUAUUUUAGUGCUAAUGGAACAUUCUUAUAAUUACUACAUAGUUUUUAUUUGUAUAUGUUAAUAGGUACCAGAUUUUGGUUUCUCACCGAACCAAUAGAAUGAGACCAAUUAUUCUCUCGGAAUGAUGUUGCUGCCAGUAGGUAAAUCUUAAUAUGAAGGUUUUGUGUGUGUGCAUACACACACAUCUUGGUGUUCAGUUCAGUAACUUAAUAUGUAAAAGUGUGUGGAAUUUUUACUUUGUUUAACUCUAAAAUCAUACGGGCAUUAUUAUAACAAGUUUUUCAUUGUACAAAAAGAAAACAUUCCACGAGUAAAUUCAUAGGUGUUUGAAAAUAGAUAUAUCUGUGUAUUUUUUGUUGUCUUCUUCUUUAAGCUGUUUCUUAUUUCCGAUCAUUGUAAGGAUAAAUGUGGGAUAAAUCUAUCCUAGAAUUAUUUGUUGCUGUUGUCAAACACAACUCAUAGCAAAAUUUAAAACAAGUUUAAUUACCUGCAAGUGAGUUGAAAUAUCAUAGAUUACAGUCAUCUCCACAUUUAACUGCUGAAGGCUCAGUGCUUUUAUCAUUAGGAUUGUCUGAAUAAUGAAAUGGACAUGUGUCUGACAUUCCUAACUUAACUACUAAUAAAAAUAAAUGUAGUAAUGUCAAGAGUCACAGUGCUGUUUGUUUUUGUUUUCUCUUGUAGAUUUUAUUUUAGUCUUUGUUUUGCUGCAAAUGCUACUAAUUUUGUGUUUAAAAGAACUAAUGAAUGUAUUUUUCAAAGGAAUGAAUGAAGUUAAAAAUAGAAGGUUUUGAAUUGAAUAAAUAUGCAACUAAAAUUCAAUCUUGGAUAUUACAAAUAAUGUUUUUGCUACUUCCCAACAUCUUUCAUAUUCUGCAGUACUUAUUGUACCAAUAGCUUUCAAAGAAAACAUUUCAGUUUUUACUUAAUUUGUAAAGUGUACAUAGAUAAUGCAAAUAGCUUGAGAUUAUCUUAGCUUUACUUAGUAUCUCCAGAUUUCACCUUAGUGUUGUACCUGGCACCGUCGGUGGUUGUAGGUACUAAGUCAUUUUGAAAUUUGUCACUUUUUUCGGAGUGAUGCUUUUUAGUUUAUAGCCUUUAGAAAUAGAAGAUAACUUCAGAGACAAAAUCCUGAUCUCCUUUUCCCAAAUAUAAUUGGUGAAGUUAGGAUGUAAGUGACGUUUGUUAAAAUGGUUUUCUCUUUUUUUAACAUGGUGUGCUUUUAAUUUUUAUUUGAGUGGCAGUUGUCUUAACUCUGCCCAGUUAUUGACCAAAUCAUACUUAUAAGAAUGUCUUAUAUGUCUGAAUCUAGAGAAUCCUUUAAUCUUGGUGUUAAUUUUACUUCUACAAACCAGUUUAAGUUGCCUUAUUCUGUUGAUUACUGUGUUUUUGUCAAGCCUGAGCUUUGUCAUGUCUGAAUUCUUCUAACACUGAAUCUGAUGUAAAAAUGUAUGAUGUGCAACAAAUUUUAUUCAUAAUAAACUAAGUUAUAGCCUAAUGUAAACUAUUAAACAUUUCUUGUAAAUUGUCUAAUUUAUUUUUUCAUUUAUGUACAGUUCCUUAUGUAAAUUUUUAAAAUACUUGUGGCCUGUUCUGUAAACAUUCCUGUACUCUUUUCCUUAAUGCUUAUUUGCAUGAGAGAAACCUGGGUUUUAUUUGCUUGUUUGUAUUGUAUGGCCAUUAAGCCAGUCAGUACUCUGCCUUCUUUACUCUGGUUUAAUUUUUUCUAGUUUUGUUCAUAUUCUAAGUGAAUAUUAGAACCAGGCUUUUUAUCUCCUACUUUCCAAAUAAAUUCUCUAAAUUGU